AUGUCCUCUUUACUGUUCUCCUCCGUCGGUACUCCUACUCCUGUUGUCGUUCAAAAACGACGUCAGAGGAUCAUCAGAGCGCAUUCAUCUUUUCGCGCCUUUCCGUCUUUCUCCGUUUUAGAUGAAUCGUCAUCGUUUUCAACGCAAAACAAAAGUAAUACUGAAAAUCUCAAACGUGUUGCCGGGGAAAGAACGAACUCGAUGAUGAUUAGAAAAAGGAACAACAGUAACAGUAACAACGACAACAAAAUCCUGAAAAGUGUCCUCCUCGUUCAAACAGUCCUCGUCCUUCUCUCCUCCUCUUCAUUUAAUGCGCACGCGUUGGAAGCGAACGAGCAAACGGAAUCGAAUGCAUUCGUACAAACUUUGUUACAAAAAACCGAAGAGAAACGAGAGGAAAGACAGAAAGAACGAGUGCUCGAGUAUUCGAAGAAAAAUUUCAAAGAUUACCUGGCCUUUGUGGAUAACGGCCGAACCGCGAAAACAGAGAACGACGUCAAAAUAAAAGAGUGGCUGGAGAAGAAUAAGUGA